GAAGCGGCGGCAGGAGGAGGCGGGCUGAGGGUGCACGGCACCGGGGAGGAGGAGGAGGAUGGCGCUGGGGAUGGCGGCGGCGCUCUAGCAGGAGGCGGCGCGGACACGCGUGGAUGUGGUCUCCGGCCCCCGAGCGACCCGGCCCCGAGAUCUAACAAUACCAUGUCAACUGGAAGGGUACGAACGAAAAAAAAGGCAUGUUCUUCAGAUCAGUCUCCAGACAAUCUUCCUGUGAGGAGUUCUGGAAGACAGGUGAAGAAAAAAGCGGCUGAAGCAGCAGCAGAUGAUGAUGAUGAAGCAUCAGAGAAGAAAUAUAGGAAGUGUGAAAAAGCUGGAUGCACUGCAACAUGUCCUGUUUGCUUUGCCAGUGCGGCUGAAAGAUGUGCUAAAAAUGGGUAUACAUCUAGAUGGUAUCAUCUUUCCUGUGGGGAACACUUCUGCAAUGAAUGUUUUGACCACUAUUACCGAAGCCAUAAAGAUGGUUAUGAGAAAUACACUGCCUGGAAAAGGAUUUGGACAAGUAAUGGUAAAAGUGAGCCCAGUCCAAAAGCCUUUAUGGCUGAUCAACAGCUUCCUUACUGGGUGCAGUGCACAAAGCCAGACUGUGGUAAAUGGCGUCAGCUGACAAAGGAAAUCCAGCUGACACCACAAAUAGCAAAAACAUACAGAUGUGGUAUGAAACUGAACAAUUCCACCAAGACUGAGGGCUCAGACCAAUGUUCCAUGCCUGAGGACUUGAGAGUGGCUGAAGUUUCAGACCAUUGGUGGUACUCCAUGCUCAUACUCCCUCCUUUGCUGAAAGACAGUGUGGCAGCUCCCUUUCUAGCUGCAUAUUAUCCAGACUGCGUGGGCAUGAGUCCAUCCUGUACCAGCACUAAUCGGUUACCUGGUGAAUCCAACCUUGUGAAGUUAGAGCACUUAAAGAGCGUGCCUAAUUUGACUGUUGCAGGCAUGAACAAGUAUUUCCAGCCUUUUUACCAACCCAAUGAAUGUGGGAAAGCACUUUGUGUGAGGCCGGAUGUCAUGGAACUGGAUGAGCUCUAUGAGUUCCCAGAAUAUUCACGAGACCCUACCAUGUACUUGGCGCUGAGAAACUUGAUUUUGGCUCUGUGGUACACAAACUGCAAGGAGGCUCUUACCCCUCAAAAAUGUAUCCAUCAUAUCAUUGUUCGGGGGCUUGUGCGUAUUCGCUGUGUACAGGAAAUGGAGAGGAUACUUUAUUUUAUGACAAGGAAAGGGCUAAUCAAUACAGGGCUUUUGUCAGUCGGUCCUGACCAGUACCUUCUUCCUAAGGAAUACCACAGCAAAUCUGUUAUUAUUGUUGGGGCUGGUGCAGCAGGAUUAGCAGCAGCCCGACAACUGCACAACUUUGGAAUUAAGGUCAUUAUCUUAGAAGCUAAAGACAGAAUUGGUGGCCGAGUGUGGGAUGAUAAGACAUUCACAGGAGUCACUGUUGGAAGAGGUGCACAAAUCGUCAAUGGAUGUGUCAACAACCCAGUGGCACUAAUGUGUGAGCAACUUGGCAUUAAAAUGCACAAACUAGGGGAGAAAUGUGACUUGAUCCAGGAAGGCGGAAGGAUAACAGAUCCCACUAUUGAUAAACGUAUGGACUUUCAUUUCAAUGCCAUCCUAGAUGUCGUCUCUGAGUGGAGAAAAGAUAAAACCCAACAUCAAGAUGUUCCUCUUGGUGAAAAAAUACAAGAGAUCUAUAAAGCCUUUAUUCAGGAGUCUGGUAUCCAGUUCAGUGAGCUGGAAGAAAAAGUAUUACAGUUCCAUCUCAGUAAUUUGGAGUAUGCCUGUGGCAGCAAUCUCUCUCAGGUAUCUGCACGCUCAUGGGACCACAAUGAAUUUUUUGCCCAAUUUGCUGGAGAUCACACUCUUCUAACUGUGGGAUAUUCAACUGUGAUUGAGAAGCUGGCAGAAGGGCUGGACAUCCGGCUGAAUUUCCCAGUACAGAGCAUUGACUAUUCUGGUGAAGAAGUGCACGUCACUACUGCAGAUGGAACAGUGUGGACAACACAAAAGGUAUUAGUGACUGUACCACUGGCCCUUCUUCAGAAAAAUGCCAUUCAGUUUAAUCCUCCACUGUCAGAAAAAAAAAUUAAAGCCAUUAAUAGUUUGGGAGCAGGAGUCAUUGAGAAGAUUGCCUUGCAGUUUCCUUACAGAUUUUGGGACAGUAAAAUUCAAGGAGCUGAUUUUUUUGGUCAUGUUCCACCCAAUUCUAGCCAACGUGGGCUCUUUAGUGUUUUCUAUGACAUGGAUCCAGAGGGCAAAGAAAGCAUUUUAAUGUCAGUGGUCACUGGAGAUGCUGUGGUAACCAUUAAGAAUUUAGAUGAUCAACAAGUACUGCAACAGUGUAUGACUGUACUCAGAGAGCUGUUUAAGGAGCAGGAGGUUCCUGACCCAGUGAAGUUUUUUGUUACUCGAUGGAGCAACGACCCUUGGCUCCAGAUGGCAUACAGCUUUGUGAAAACAGGGGGCAGCGGGGAAGCUUAUGACAUUAUAGCUGAAGACAUACAAGGAAAAAUUUUUUUUGCUGGUGAGGCCACAAAUAGGCACUUUCCUCAGACAGUUACAGGAGCUUACUUGAGUGGGGUUCGAGAAGCAAGCAAAAUAGCAGCAUUUUAAGUACUGAAAUUUUGUGUUUAUAGAUAUAUUUUUAAUUGUUUUCUGUGGGUAAAAUUAUCUUCAAGUUUCCUAUUGCUGCCUUUUUCCUACGUGGUACUUGAAAUAGUAUAUGGUACCUGAAGAUAAAAUCUUCAUCUUCUCCUCUUUCUCCUCCCACCCCAUUUUUAAGCCCUGAUGAUACAUAUUGUUGGGGGCUUUUUUCCAGCUAUGGUAUUACUAGCAGGAGUGACAUUGGAAUCCCUGACCACAGCUUAAGUAAGAGGACUUUUGUCGAGAGUCUUCUUCUGUAUGGCUCAAGUCAUGUUAUUGUGAACCUUCAUUUCAGAAGGUCAGAUUAAAACAAGACUAAGUUACAUACAGCAUUAAAAAUGCUGGCAGUUAGUUAUGAUGAUGGGAAUUUUCCACUAACUGUGCUUCUCAGGUUGAUUAUGCUCAUAGGAGUUCAUAUUGGCGUCCAAGAGCCUGAAUAGCCUAGAAAAAUUCUAGAAUUAUUGUAGGAAGAAACUCAAUGAUCAGUUUUCCCACUUGCAAUCAAUAAACUUUUCUAUAAUAUUUUUUCAUAUUCUUAGCUUCACUGAGUGGGCUUUGGAAUAUGAAGUUUGUUCCUUUAAUAAAUGAGCUGGAACAGUUUACAGUGCAAUCAUAGAAAGGUUAUUGUAGCUAAAUAAAACUUGAAAAAUUAACUUUUACAUUACUUUUAAAAACUUUGAAAUAUUCUCUGCUACUUAUUCAGAGGAAUUCUUGUUACAAUAAUAGGCUAGUAGUUUAGAUUUGCUCAUUGCUUCUGGUCAUGUAGAAACAGGACAGCUUAAAAGUAUUGUAUUUCUAUGAUUAUUUUGAAAACAAACUUCCAAAUUCAUUUGGGCCGAGUAGAGGAAGGAUCUACUGAUUUGAGUGUACAGUAGGGGGGGAAGGACUAAACUCAUUCAACUUUUAUAUUAAAAAAUAAGUGAAGAUGAAUGAGGAAAAAUAUUAACACGUUUAUGAAGGGCUGAAAGAUGGUGGCUUGCACUUUGACUUGAAGUUUUUUUUUUCUUAUAUUAUUAGAAUAUUAUUAAAAAACCAUGAGGGACUAAUUCAGUAAAGGCCAAACAUCUAUCUAGUAGCUUUUCCAUGGGACAGGGAAGAAAAUAUUUUUAACAGAAUAAGACAGAUAUAAUCAGGAUCUCUGUUGUAAUACUGCUCCAGUAAAACAGUAUUAAUGAAAAAAAAAAAAUCUACUUUUAGAUCUCUUCCCUCAUACCUUCCCUAUAAGUUCACUGUUAUACAGACCUCAGACCUCAUGAUUUCUGAAAUGAACAUAAGCACUUACACUAUUCACCCUCAUUCUCCUGCAUAGGCUUUUGUCUUUUUUUAAUCCCUUCAUUUAGAAAUGACACAGCAAUUUUUAUUUUUUUUUUUGAGUUCCAGUGCUUAUUUCCAUAAAGCUGUAUCCUUGGAAAAAAACAGGCAACCUUAACAAAAAUCAUAGAAUCCUAGAAUGUUAAAGGAGUUGGAAUGGAACUUAAAGAUCAUCUAGUCCCAACCCACCCUGCCACGGGCAGGGACACUUCUGACAUGACCGGGUUGCUCAAGGCCUUACCCAACCUGGCUUUGAUCACCACCAGGGUUCUACUGAAUAAAUGCAAUUCUUCUUUUCAAAUACAUAAUGUUUUGGUUUUAGAGUAGCUAUGAUAUUGUUAAAGCCCCUUUAUUUAAUCUCUAAUUUACAAGGUGAAGAUGUUUAUAUAAAUAGAUGUUUUUCAGAUAUAUAUUCUGUUCUGCUUCUUAAAGCUGGGUUAUAUGAAUUACGAGGAAGAGUGAAUUUUUUCAUAAUUUUCCUCUACAUAAAUGCUAGUAUGUACAGUUUUAAAGCAUUUCCAAGCAUUAAUUUGUAAUUUAAAGGCUAUAAGAAGCAAGACAAAGCCCUUUGAUGAUAAAAGAUAAUCAGACAUCAAAUUUUUCCUUUGGUAGUCAUUUGCACUUUGUUAGUUUCCUAUAUUACGGGCCACCUUAUGGCAUAACUAGGAAAGAUUGAGAGCUAUGUAUGUUUUGAGUUUCAAGUUUCUUUCCCUCUUUACCAUAUAUGACAAAUUAUUAGCAGAGAAGCUUCUGGUGGUGGGAAAAAGACUUAUUACUACAAGCCCAAAACAUUAUAUUCCAUGGCUUCUUCAGCUGACCUUGUUCAAAACUUCAGCUUAUUAACAUAUAAACAUGUCACAUUUCAGGUAGGAAUGGUCUGGAAAGUUUAGCUCAGCAUCCUUUUCCGCAGUCCAAAGUUUGUGUGAAUGUGCUUAAUGUCAUCCUGUUAAUUCGUAUUUGGGGUUUUCAAUCUACCUGCAACUUUGCAGGUAGAUAAAUGCUAUAUCCUAGAGAAGAGAGAUGGACAUGGACAUGGACAUGAACAAAUACCGUCAUAUUUGGCUUUAGAUGAUGCACACUUACAGCAUUACAAAAACAGAUAACAAAUGAUAAAUUUAAUCAAUGGCCUAGUCUAUUAAUUAUUUGUAUAUUAUUUUAGUGCCAGGGCACUUAAACUGUGUUGUGCCGCACUUAAUUUUGAGGAGUAAAUAAAGUAUGUUCCAUUUUAAUUUACAUUCACUUGAAAUAUAUAAGAACAUCAGGCUGGUUCUGAGACUUCAUUCUUUAAUGUUGCCCAAAAUUUUUUUUCAUAUCUAUGUUAAAAUUUAUUUCAAGCAUGUAUGUGUUUUGUGUUUAAUUUAUUCCCUCAAAUAAAGAACUGGGGAAUGUUUUCUUUGAGUGGAUUUGUUUAAAUGUUAUUAAAAAAAAAAGAUUUGAAUGCAGAGCAUGAUCUGUUACAAUUCUUCUGUGUGACUAUGUUAUGGCAGCAGAAUAAAACUGGAAAGUAUUCACAGGA